GGUGCGGUAUUUGAAUUCCGACCGGAGGGCUGAGAGGCGGCGGCGGUGGCGGCGUGAUCCUGGGACCAGGUUCUGCUGGUGGGAUCGUGUCGCUUCUCUGUGUCCUGCCAAGUCCCUGCGGCCCCUGCUCUGGCCUGUCCCGGUCCCCAUGGCGCUGUUCCGACGCCUCGCGCCAGUACCAAGCAGUUUGAUGACAAGUAAUACGGAAGUUUGGAAGAAGGCAGAGUUUAAGGUGUCUAAUGGUUUGGAGGAUGUUAACAAAGGAAUUAAUUCAAAAGCCACGAUGCAAGUUACUGUUAGAAGAGCUGCUCUUGAAGAAAUUGGAAAUAAAGUUACAACCAGGGGAACACAAGUAGCUAAGAAAGUUGAGAAAGCCAAAGUACUUGUGAAAAAAACCAAAGCCACAAAUAUCAUAAGAGAAGUAAAGCCUACAGCUACUGUGAAACCAGUGCCAAAGGAAACUUUAGCUCCAAAGAGUCUGUCUCCAACACCUAUGGAUGUUUCUAUGAAGGAAGAAGACUUGUGCCAGGCUUUCUCUAAUGCACUGUUAUGCAAGAUAGAGGACAUUGAUGAUGAAGAUUGGGAGAAUCCUCAGCUUUGCAGUGACUAUGUUAAGGAUAUUUACCAGUAUCUGAGACAACUUGAGGUUCAGCAAUCUAUAAACCCACAUUUCUUAGAUGGAAAAGACAUCAAUGGGCGUAUGCGAGCCAUCCUGGUUGAUUGGUUGGUACAAGUCCAUUCCAAAUUUCACCUUCUGCAGGAAACUCUUUAUAUGUGUAUUGCAAUCAUGGAUCGUUUCUUACAGGUUCAACCAGUCUCUCGGAAGAAGCUUCAGCUGGUCGGAGUUACAGCGCUGCUUUUGGCUUCCAAGUAUGAGGAGAUAUUCUCUCCCAAUGUUGAGGACUUUGUUUAUAUCACAGACAAUGCAUAUACUAGCUCUCAAAUUCGAGAAAUGGAAAUUUUGAUUCUGAAAGAAUUGAAGUUUGAAUUGGGCCGACCACUUCCCCUCCACUUCUUAAGACGAGCGUCAAAAGCUGGUGAGGCAGAUGCUGAACAGCAUACAUUAGCCAAAUACUUGAUGGAGCUAACAAUUGUUGACUAUGACAUGGUGCAUUAUCAUCCCUCCGAGAUAGCUGCUGCUGCUUCUUGCUUGUCUCAAAAGGUUUUAGGUCAAGGAAAAUGGAGCUUAAAGCAACAGUACUAUACUGGUUAUUCAGAGAAUGAUGUAUUGGAAGUGAUGCAGCAGAUGGCCAAAAAUAUAGUAAAAGUAAAUCAAAACUUGACAAAAUUUAUUGCCAUCAAGAAUAAGUAUGCAAGUAGCAAACUCAUGAAGAUUAGCACCAUUCCUCAGCUAAAUUCAAAAACUGUCCAAGACCUUGCAUCACCUUUGUUGGGAAGGUCAUGAGAUGGCUGGACCCAAGUUGGAAGAAUCCUCAGUCCACACACUCUUGUAUGUCAGCAUUCAUUUGGCACAUCCCACUUUUGUACAUAUUCUUUUGCUCUGCUUUGUGGAACCUUUUUAUUUUGUUUUCUCAAUGUAUAUUGAGGAAAAAUAAAACCAUAAUUUUCCUUAAGGAAACUUGUAUAUAUUUUCCCUCAGAAUUUAAUGCUCAAUUAUUAUAAACUUGUUUUGAUUCGGUAUUGUUAUACAUAGCAAUUAAGUACUAUGUUUCUUUUACUUAACUGUGUUUGUUAUAGCCCUUCCUUUUAUUCUCCAAAAAACCUGCUGAAUUUCAAAACCUUUUGAAUAGAAGGUUUGAAUUUUUUUAAAAAUUGUAUGCGAAUAGAUUUCUGGCAUAGCUAAUUGAUCAGUUCAAGAUGGAAUAAGCAGGAGGAUUUCUGCUGGACAUGCUUAAGUUUAAGUGCUUCUGAUUUAACAUAUAGAAAUGGCUGGUGUAAGGGGGUGAUUAGAAGGAAAGUGUCCAGGCAGCUUUUUGGGAUGAGUUAGGAAUGAAUGGCCCUAGCUCUUUUAUGUUCCUCUUGUGUUGCAUAGCUAGCAGACAUAGCAGUUAGUGUGCUAGGAGUAUUAUUCUCUUCUUGCCAAAAGGGAAAUGUGUUCCUAGCACAUUUCAGAUUUGGAACUUAGAAUAAUGUUUCUCAGUAAUAUUUGUUAAAAGGCUUUCAUAUACUAACCACUAUUUAAAUUAUAUUUUCUAUGGGAACACAUUCUGAGCUCCAAAUAACUAAAUAUGAACUUUUGAAAUGUACUCUGUAAGUUUGGAACUGUCUGUACUGUGACAAUGUGAUUGUAUGAACACCAGAGUCACAAAUAUGAAUGGGAAAAAUCAUACUGUGUGCUGAGAAUGGAUUUCCAAUAACUUCAAGAAAGAGUCUCUUUUAUUUUAAUUGCAAAAUUAAGAUUCCUGCCUCGUCCUUGAAUCAAAAAGGGAAAUCUAUAUGCUUGUGAAGAUGGGGGUUAUUAUAGUUCUGAUUCAGGCAUGCUCAUCAGUGCCGUUUUCUACUUUAUGCAGAUCAGAAUCAUUUGAACUUUCAGCCGCAAGUUGAGGGUUCAGCUGAAGUGAAUAUCAUUUGUAAAUAAUUUUAUGGAGAUUUAAAAAUCUGAAAUAUCACUCCUGUCUUUUUUAGGUUAGCAAAAACUGUGAGUAGGUAAGAAACUACCAUAGCAUCCUUCCUGCUGCAAAGUCAAAAUGUGUGUGAUCAUGAAAUGUAUUUAAUCUCAAAGGGUCUUUCCUUUAAUCAAAGCAAAAUGAUUUACCUAGGCAUGAUACUGUUCUCCAUGUUGUACUGAUCGAUUUUGUGGGCAAACUGUCAAAUGGACAUAUUUUAAAGGUUAUUUAAUAGCAUUAUUCAUGUAGUAUUACUUAGCCUGGCUCAGGAUAUAGUUUCAGGAUGUAGUAAUGAAAGGUCCCUUAGUAGUAUUUUUCUUGUGAGGCAAUGUACCUGAAACAUAAUCAAUGUAAAUAAAUUAUAAACUUACAAACAACCUAGGUCGUUAAAGUAUAUUUAAAUGAAGAGGGGUGUUAUAAUGAAAAGUACAAACAGAAUGGUGAUGGUCUGUGUGGAAUCUAGGAAAAAGGAGGGUAGGAAUCUGUCUCUAACACUGUCCAGGACAGGAUCAGACAACUAAUCCUGGUUGUUCUAAGACAAAUACUCUGAAGAUGAAAAGGUUAACUCCCUGGGCUCUCUCAUCUUGAUGAAUAUACCUCUUAGAAUUAUUCAGCUUCCUUCACUCUGACUUUCCAAUCACCAAGCAACCUUCUGACCUAUAAUUUGGUUUCUCUAGUAGACUUGUACCUGUCAUCCCUUCUGUAAAUCAAUAAAUUUCUGUUCUGCUUUA